CCUUGAGGCAUACAUAGCUUGCUUGAGUGAAACAAAACACCCAACAUUUCUACCAUCACAACCUUUGUUUCCUCCAUAACCUUAACCUAGUACUCUUCGCACUUGUCUUUUCACCAUCAUCAAAAUGGAAGAAACAAUGAGGAGGCUAAACACCCUUACUCACUCUUCUGACCUCCUUCAUGUCAAACCCUCUUUUCCCACCCCUUCCAAGAGGUGCACUACCCCUGCUACUGCUGCUACUGCUACUGCAACUGUCACUGCGGCGGGGAAUAACAAGAGGGCCUUAAGGGACGCCGCCGUUGAUUCUGCCGGUGCAACCAAGAUGAGGUAUAGAGGCGUGCGCCGCCGUCCGUGGGGCCGAUACGCGGCGGAGAUAAGGGACCCACAGUCCAAAGAGAGAAGGUGGCUUGGGACGUUUGACACGGCGGAGGAAGCCGCCUGUGCUUAUGACUGCGCCGCUAGGGCUAUGCGUGGGGUUAAAGCUAGAACCAACUUUGUGUACCCGCCGCCGCUCGCCGCCGCCGAUUGUUUCAGCCACCCUCUUUACAGCACCAACAAAUUCACUUCCCAUCACCAGAUUUCGCUUAAAGAUUUACCCACCAAACAGUUCUUUCAGUCCACAUUCUCAAACCCUUACAAUCUUUCUAGGAAAAUGAACAAACCGCUCAACACUCUCCCGGUAACCGAUUUUCUCAACCCAUCAUCAACCGGCGGCGGCGCCGCCGCCCCAAACAUCCAUCUCCCUUCCAUGCUCAACAACAACAACGUCUUCUGCACCACCGUAAGCCUCCCAGCGUUCCCGGAGCCGCCGGCGAAAAACCCUAACACCCAAAUCGAAGAAACCGGGAUGGACUUCUUUCCGACCGAGCCCUCCGGUUCCGGCCUUCUAGAAGAAGUCCUAAACGGGUUCUUCCCAAAACCCAACCCUUCAAACCCCGAUCCAUCUCCGGCGGUGGGGUCUUUCGCCGGGAAAACCACCGUCAACAACCAGUUCGGAGUUUUCCAAGGAGGAGUCGGGGUUCAAGGGCAGUUCGGGGAUUCCAUUACCGGUUUUGAGGAUUCGUCGCUUCCGUUUCAGAAUGAUUUCUCGGCAAACUUUCAGAUUUCGCCGGAAAUAAUGCUGGGAGAUAUGCUUCAUCAGUUCCCGGACCCUUUAAACGUGUUUACAGCUAAUUAAAAUAUCUGAUUACGUUGUUCGAUCUUUGGUUCUCCUAUGUAGACGACAACAUAAUGUUGUUACUAAAGCUUAAUCUCCUCUUUGUUGUUCAUUAACAAAGCAUCAAGAACUAUAUAGAAGUAUUAUAGUGGUAGCUAA